CUGUGUCCUGUGUCGUCUGUUUACAUCUGGCGAGGGAUAAGUUAGCCGGCGUGGCUAAGUGUCAUUUACUUCGGGCGACUUAUGAGAGGGGUGUUUCACAAUGGCAAGUUUCGGAACGUGUAGCAAAAGUAUAUUUCCCGUCGUGCUGAUAUUCUUCUUAGGGACAGUUGUCGGAGAGGCGGGGUUACCAAAGUCGGAAGCACCGCGAACGCUGUCCCUCCGAAACUCUCGUGUUUGGGGGCCGGGGUUGAAAUCCGAUUUUUUUCUGCCUGUGAGAUAUUUCUACAUUGAAGCUGUCGACCAAUUCGGAGAAAGGUUUUCAAAUUCAAUUGGAGAAAAAGCCUUUGCUGUGACUAUAUACAAGAAGUCGAGUGAACGUGUGCGUGUAUGGACACAGGUUCUGGACCGCCAUGAUGGGUCCUACAUCGUCAGGUAUCGCAUGUAUGAGUCUGCCGUCGACCUGGAGAUAGAAGUCUUGUACCAAGGAAGACAUGUGGCUGAUUCACCUUACAUUCUUAAAGGUAUGGUGUACCAUGAGAAGUGUGACUGUCCACAGCCAGACCUGGAGCAGUGGCUCAAGGACAUGGACUGUCCCAGCAGCUACAGGCAAAUCAAACAGGACUUGGGCAUCUUCAAGGACAUUGACUUCAAGAAGGUUGCCAAGGAAGCUGUGGACAGGUUCAGUGAUGCGGGGAGACACAGCAUCUGUCAUUAUAAGAUCAUCGACAAUAAGAUAUACAGAAAGACCUACGGAGAACAUGUAGGCUUCAAGAUGUUUUCAGAUGCUCUGCUAUUGUCUUUGACACGCAAGGUAAAGCUGCCGAACAUGGAAUUUAUUAUGAACUUCGGUGAUUGGCCUCUGGAGAAAAGGAAAAUGAGCGAAAAUCCCAUCCCAAUAUUUUCCUGGUGCGGAUCUGAUGAUACCCUUGAUAUCGUGAUCCCAACUUACGACAUCACGGAAGCUACUUUGGAAAUGAUGUCAAGAGUGACCCUGGAUAUAUUCUCUGUACAAGGCAACACUGGGCCCAGGUGGGAGGAGAAGUCGGAGGUGGCCUUCUGGAGGGGGCGGGACAGCCGGGAGGAGAGACUGCAGCUGGUGCAGAUGGCCAGGCAGCACCCCGACAAGAUCAAUGCUUCACUCACAAACAUGUUCUUCUUCCCCAAGGACGAGAACAAGUAUGGGAAGCUUGUCAAACCCGUAUCCUUCUUCAGCUUCUUCCAGCAUAAGUACCAGCUGAACUUGGAUGGGACCGUGGCUGCCUACCGCCUGCCAUACCUGCUGGCUGGUGACUCCACAGUGAUGAAACAAAACUCCCACUAUUAUGAACACUUCUACAAGAAUCUGGAACCAUAUGUUCACUAUGUGCCAUUCAAGAGAGACCUCAGUGACCUCAUGGAGAAGUUGAAGUGGGCAAGGGAGCAUGAUAAGGAAGUACAAGAGAUAGCCCAUAAUGCCCAGGAGUUUGUGAGGCAUCAGCUGACUCCUGCAGACAUCUACUGCUACCAUACAAAACUAUUCAGCGAAUAUUCUAAAUUAUUGAAAAAUAAGCCAAAGAAGGACAAAUCUUUUGAGCUGGUGAAACAAGAGAAAAGCCAUGAAACACGAUGUGACUGCAAGCCAUAUAAGAAUUCCCAUGAUGAACUAUAAGGGACUGUUGACCAGUGGACUGGGAACACUCUCUGCCAAAUCAAGAAGUCUGUGAUAAGGGUGUUGAAGGCCUGGGACAGCCAUGAUGUGCUGGCUGUGUCUCGACUGUCUUCCUUCUGAGUAUCUGGUGCUCAAGUUUGUUGUCAACAUACAUCCAUUUCAGCUUUUCCAUUCAUAUGUUUCUUGUUUUGGUAGGGUUUGUUUAGAUGUUGUUGUUUUUUUGUUUUGGCUGUCAUGACUGUAUGGUGUUUGGAAGAUCUCUGUUGUUAACAGAGGUGUGGGAGCGCCCAACUUGCUGACCUGGUACAUAGGACCUGUUGACCUGGUACAUAAGACCUGUUGACCUUGUACAUAAAACCUUUUGACCUCGUGCAUAAGACCUGUUGACCUCGUGCAUAAGACCUGUUGAUCUGGUACACAAGAUCUUUUGACCUGGUACACAAGACCUGUUGACCUCGUACAUAAGACCUGUUGACCUGGUACAUGAGACCUGUUGACCUGGUACAUAAGACCUGUUGACCUGGCACAUAAGACCUGAUGACCUGGUACAUAAGACCUGAUGACCUGGUACAUAAGACCUGUUGACCUGCAUCUUCCCGAGGCAAGGGAGUUAACUGACUAUAAAAGUCGUUUCCACCCUUGCCAAACUAGGCUAGAAUUAUGGAGUCACAUUUUGGCAGGACUAACGAGUCUAUCAUAGUCCAAUCCAAAUCAUGUAACUAAGUAGAUAUCUUGUAUGUAAACAUCAUGGGUUUCAACGUGCAGAUUUUGACUAUCAUGCGUCGACAUGACUAUCAAUAAACACUGGUGGCGCUACGGUCGAGCCACGAAAUUGCAGCGUAGUUCGGCAAGGGUGGAAACUUGACUUUGUAGUCAGGGUACUCUGGGGUCAGGAAGAUGGCUGUAUGGUACAUACAAGAUUGUUAUUAAUGCUGCCAGACAGGUAGAAUUUUGCACAGGUCAGUGGACAUGUUGAAAAAUAUUAAGAAACAACUCAAAUUCUCCUGCAAUAGUAUUCUUAUAGAAUAUAUUUCCUGUAUUCGACGUAAUAAGCGUCCAGGGCACUCUCAAAAUUAAAAAUAGGGGGCUCUUAUUAGAAUAAUAUUUUGGUGAAAAAAACAGAGUUGAAAGAUAAAUUUCAUGGA